AUGAAGAGCCAGUUGAGAAGCUCCCAGCCAGCCACCCCUCGGCGCCAACAUCAACCCCUCGAGUCAACCGCAGGUCCAUCCCAGCGCCCCGAUCUCCCGUUCCAGAGGACCAUUACGAUCCGGCGACUGUGUCAAAACCCCUUGCGAUGCGACAAGGGGCCGGGGCUGCACUCACACCUGGCCCAGAUCCCUCGGUCGGUCGCAGCCGGUCUCGGCGUGACGAAGCAGAAGAGGACGCGGCUCGAGCAGGGCGAGUCGAGGACCCCAAACGACAAAAGGACGAGGGCGGAGCCUGAGCGGCAGCAGCAGGCUCCAGACCUGCCUUUGGAAGAGGGAUCCUCUGGCGCUUGUGCCUCCAGAACCGAAGACAGGGACCGCAGGCCCGGAGACAGAUUGAGCGUUAGAACCGUGGAAAGAGAAGAGCAGCGUUCUGCGUUAGGAACGAGCUCGGCGAGGCCCGCCGACCGACGGCGCUCAGGAUCUGAGCGGCAGCAGGUUCCAGACCAGGCUCUCUAUGACUGCCAAAUCGAAGAGGCGUUCCGCGGGCUACUUGAAAAGCUCGUUCACUGGGAGAUCUCGACACCUGAGGACGUACAGGCCAUGAAGGACGAGCUCGACAAGAUGGCCAUCACGCCCGCUCCCGCUCCUCCGGCCGCCGAGGCCGAAGAAGAGAGAUCCUUGGGGCCGGACGCCGUGGGCAACGAGAUGCUUCCAGGCACGGAGGGGCUCGAGGAGUCAGAUGAUCAGGAACAGGAAGCCAAUAAGGAGGCCGAGAGCCUGGCUUUCGACGUCGUUUACACGUUGGACGCGGGAGACCCUGGCGACGAGUACGUGGUCUAUGAGGUUGAGGGGUGUCUGGGCAAGGCAGGGGAGGAUGGCGCGGGCAUGUGCCACGUUUCUUACAAGGAGGUCCCGGCGGAUAUGGAUGGCGAGUAUGUUCUUCUCUAG